AGCAGUAGGGUUUGUUGUGACUGCCAGCGUCGACCCAAGCUUUUCAGAAGGAUGUUGACACGUCAGAAAAGAUGUUCGGUGUGCAGAAGACCACUCUGUUCGGAUUGCUCAAAACAACGGCGCCAUAUUUCAGGCAGGCAGUCUAGUUUAGCAGUGUCUGUGUGCACUGAAUGCUCCUUGACACUAGAUGAAACAGAAGCAAACAAAUGGAUGCAGCAGUUUAGCAGAUAUCUGCUACAGGAAGACAAAACAUCGUUUGCUGCUGCUUGCGGAUGUGUGGCAAUGGCUAUCUGUAGCUCCAACGAUUGGACAACAGUGCUCCUCUCGCUCACUAAGCACCUGAUUCAAAACAAUUGGCCAGAGAUGGGAUUAAGGCUAAUAGCUCCUCUGUUAGUGAACAAAAACGUUUCUUCUAAAGAUUAUGUAAAAGCCUUAAUGCUUCUGGCAUCAGCUUUGGAGAAAUCGUUUGCUAGACAGCCGCAUUUGAAAUUCAUGUAUUAUCAGUAUGAUAUGUUGUUAGCAGCUAAAGAGGCAUACGUAACAGCUGAAAGCGUGCUUGAAGAUGUGGAUGAUCAUACAUUAGAACCACUUCAAAUAUCCCAGAAAAAACUAGAGCUAGAUUCAACAGUGCGCAAGCUGUCUGAAGAAAGAGAGAAAAGAAUGUAUUCAGAAACAAGCAAGCGAAUCGCGCAGCUGUGGGAAUCGAGAGAAUGGGAGAGCCUACUGUCCAUGUUGAAGGCAAAAAUCAACAGCAACGACCCUCAAUCACAUAAGCAGACAGAUCGAAUUGUAAUGCAUGCUUUUGAGAAUUUUCUGAAUGGAAAAAAGGAUUAUCUGGAUAAGAUGUUGAAAGAAGAUCGCUCAGGAUUGUUAGUCCUAAGAGGUUUGUGGGAGAUAAAACGUCAGGACGUCACUGCGGGACUCUGUGACGUGCAAACAGCUGUCUGGAAUGGCAUUCAUUUAGAAUGUCUUUUGAAGGCUGCCAUAAACGUAGCCGUCGAUUUGACGGACUCUGACGUUUCUGACUCUCUGAAUCAACGCUUUAAGGUUAUAUUUAGUGGAAUAAAACACAGUUCUGCACGGGACUUGCUUCGUAGUGCAAUUGACAGUAAUCUCUUUGGUUUACUUCCAACCGAUGACGACCUAAUUCCUCCGAGUACACUAAACUGGCCAGAACUUGUAGUUCCUGGCAUAAACGCAAGAGCCACUCGAAAGUACGAAGAAUCAGUGAGACGACAUAUUUCAGAGGGAAAGUGGUCGGAAAGAAAUGCAGCUGUUGCCUAUAUUGAUUUAGUUUCAAGCAGUAAUCAUCCGGCAGAAGCUGUCGUGUCUUAUGUUAUUGCGGGUCUUUGGUUUUUGAAAGAGUUGCGAUUGGCAGUAGAGAACCAGGAGAGUCAAGCGGCCGAAAAACGACUUGCUGGAAAUACCAAAAGUGACAGCAUCAAGUCCUCGGGCAAAGAUUCCCGUCCUAGUGACGAGUUUCGCAAUGUGUUUGCUAUUGAGCAAGCAGUUGUAGGGUGCAUGAAGCGUGCCUAUCUGCUAGCCACGACGGUUCUUCACCCUGGAAUGCAACUGUAUGUCUUCCGCUUGGCUCUGAAGGCGACAGUAAGUGCUGUCCACUUGGUGAACGAACGUGCUACUCCGGAUAUUGACGGAAAGCUCCAGGACGCUUCAGAGAACGACGAUUACGAAAGUCCAGAAGCGCAGUUUGCUGCAGACUUUACCACUCACUACGACGAGAUUGCUCGUUACUUUCCACUGUUUGCCAGACUGAAAGAACUGGUGAAACUGCAGUUCUUUGCUGCAGUAGUCCAUAGUCAAUUGGAAGACCUAAUGAGAAAAAGUGACGAAGAUGCGCCCGUGCCCGACUCCAUCAUACAAACUAUUCAAGAAGAACAACGAAGAAAACGAAAGGAAGCUGUGUUGCAAGGAUUACCCCAGAUAAAGAGCCAAAUUGGGGUUUGGCCAGCAGCCGAAAAUGAAUUCGAGAUAACAUCAGCCGUAAGGAGAAUUGAAAAUGAACUGCCGUUCUCGUAUUCUCGUCUGUAUGUACCAGAUUCAGACAUAGAGUUGGAAGUGAAAAAAGUUCUGCGAGAGAGAGACCAAACAGUUCUCUCUGACAUAACAAGCAAUCUCAUGCAAGUGUGUCGUUCUGAAGUUUGUUUCGGUACCCUGAAAACCAUGGUUUCCAGAUGGCUUUCCAGUAAUGCCUCCACGAACUCUCUGGACAAUUUAGUGCAGUUUAUCGAUAAAAACAUGCGUGUCUUUACUCGAGCUGAAAUUCAGCAGAAGAAAGCAAACGAACUUAAGGCUGCCCACAGAUCGUUUGAGGAAGAAGUGAUCGUCAUGAAAAGAAGAAAACAGCGUAAUGAACAAAGUGUUACUGCAUGCAAAUGGGUACCUGCAGCUCUACUUCGACAACCAAACAGUAAUGGAGGUUUUCGUCUUUGCUAUGGAGGCGUGAUGCUUACACCAACAUGUCGAGAAGGCGUGGUAGUACAAACUGAUAGUCGUGAUGAAAAUAUCCAGACCAUCAGUAGCAGAAAUAUAGACACAUUUCUAGCUGCUAGCAAUGACCAAGUAAAAAGCAACCGCAGCAGCUACACAGCUCCCAAAUCUAAUACCACGGAUUCCGAAAGUUCUAGGCCCUCAAGUGUUCUCUUGGCAGCUGGCCUAGCUGCUGCUGCUGCUGCUGGAUCUCGUGGCGAUGGCGGUGAUGGCGGCGAUGGGGACAGUAGCAGCGAUGACAGCGACAGUAGCAGUACAUGUAGUGACGAGAACGAUGGCAAUGGUGAAAGUGUAAUGAGAAAGCCUCCAAUCUGGUUGAAACUUUAUUGGAACUACGUAAAUAGCCUGACCAGGUCAAAAAUGUCCUUGGCAGGCGCGGCUGAGUGCUUGACCAACUUUCUCAAACGCUUUUCUUACGAAAAGUCGGAGCAAUUCGAAACCCAUCUUGACAGUGCAUUGCAAAUUUUGGUUGAAGAAAGGAGAAUAGUUCGAAGGGGUGAAAAUACUACUCUGGAGUUUGAAGGUAGAGAAAAUGUGGUCGAUCUUUUAUUUGAGUUACUUUCAUCGAAACGGUAUCAGAUAUUGUGGUGCGACAAUGCACAUUUAUGGAUGCCGGUCGAUGAUCAAGUGACUUAUUCGUCCCUCCUUAGAGAAUUUAGAUUGAUGGGGAGAAACUUUUCUCACAGCGGGCGACCAGAUCUUGUGGUUGCCAUACUCGACGAGCACGGUGCCUGUGUCGGUUACCAGAUUGUGGAAUUCAAGAUAUGCAUUUUGAAAAAGGAAGGAUACUCGUAUUUUGUAAAGGACUGCAAUUUUCAUCCAGAUGAAACUCCAGUUCCAAAGCAAAAAAGACGCUGUUUUUGUGAGACUCUCGAUCAUUAUAUCAAUCGUGCUGAAGAUCAAGUUACAGGGUACUGUAAAUAUUUUUCUUGGAUGCUUAAAGACAAGCAACUCUCUUCUAUUCAAGUGUCUUCCCAAGUUGCUGUUAUGGUACUAGAAGAACAAUCGAAUAAGGAAUACGCCUUUGUUGACUUUAAAACAACCGAGACGAAACUGUAUAAUCCAUAGAGACGACAGUUAUAUGGAUUUGCCAAUUAACGACAAGAUUGGAGUGAACUCACAAAUUGAGAACUGCAUGAGUCUGAUGCAAUUUCAACAUUUGUUGUAUGCGAAUGAAGACUCAAAUAUAUCGUAACUGCUUGUUUUAGUUGAGAUAUGCAUGUAUGUCGUGUGUGCCUAUUACAAUCAUAUGUAGCAAUGCUAUUGACGAUAGCACAAGUAGCAUGGUGUAGCACAAGUAGCGUAUUGCUUACACUGUUUUGUGCAGUAAUAACUAUGAAGCUUUGCCCAUUCGGGUUGCAUUAAAAACAUACA